AUGGCCAUCCAAGAUAUUGCCCUUUCAAUUGUGGGAAAAAUUGUAGAGAAGUGUGUCGAUCCAAUUUUGCGCCAAUUUCAGUACUUAAUUUUCUACAAAAGCAACGUUCAAACUCUGAGCGAUGACAUCAAAAUACUUGAGCUAAAGGAAGUUGAGGUGCAACAAUUGGUACGUCAAGCAAAAGACAAUGCUGAAGAAAUUAAACCAACUGUUGUCGAUUGGCUGAAACGAGUUGAGGAUGUCAAGAAAGAUGCACACACUAUUUCUGAGGCUAUGGAGACUGCUAAGGUGAAUUGCUUGAAUAUUGUCAGGCUUCCGAAUUUGAAGUCAUGCUAUUUGCUAGGCCGACGUGCGGCGAAAAGAAAGAGUGCUCUUGAAAAGCUUUUAGGAGAGGGGAAUUUUGAUAAAGUUGGAAGCAUUGCUCCAUUAGGCAAAAUGGGUUUUAGUGAAUCAACCCCAUCCUUAGAGGAAGGCUUAGUUUCUAGGAUGUCAACAAAGAAGGAAGUGAUGGAAGCUUUAAAGCAGGAGAAAACUAGCCUAAUGGCGAUUUGUGGUAUGGGCGGUGUAGGCAAGACUACUCUAGUCAAACAAAUUGCUGACCAGGUUAAGUUCGAGAAAUUAUUUGAUGAAGUCACCAUGGCAACUGUGUCUCAAAGUCCAGACAUGAGAAAUGUCCAAGAUCAACUUGCUGAGCAGUUAAGGCUGAAGAUAACAGAGCAAACUGAUCGUGUCAGAGCUGAAAGAUUGUAUACGAGACUAACUGGUCAUGACAAGAGAAUUCUUGUUAUAUUGGAUGACAUUUGGAAAGAAGUUGAUCUUAAGAGUCUAGGAAUUCCCGUCAAAGGUGAAUGCAAGAGCUUAAAAGUUAUAUUGACAUCUCGAUCCUCAGAUGCUUGUCGGGACAUGGGAGCUGAAAUUUUUGAGGUGAAUGUCUUGCCUAAAGAAGAAGCAUGGCAUCUUUUUAAAGAGGUUGCAGAAAUUUCUGAUGAUUCUGCUUUGAGUGGUGUUGCAAAGCAGGUUGCAGAGGAAUGCAAAGGUCUACCUCUUGCAAUCGUUGUUGUUGCCAAGGCAUUAAAGAGCAAUCAUACUCCAGAAUCCUGGGAUCGUGCCCUUCGGCAACUAAGAAAGGACAGAAUGGGAAACCUAAGAGGUGUUCAAGAUCUGGUAUUUUUAAGAAUUGAGUGGAGCUAUAAUCAUUUGGGAACCGCUGAAGCUAAGCACCUACUUUUGCUUUGUAGUUUGUUUCCAGAGGAUUCUAGUAUUCCGAUUGAAUGCUUGGUUAGGAAUGUAAAAGGGCUACAAUUGUUCCAGGAUAUAGAGAAUUUGAGAGAUGCAAGAGACAAAGUAGACUUGCUAGUUGAUGAGUUAAAAAACACCUAUUUGUUGCUAAAUGAUGCUGAAGAAGAAGACUCGGUAAAACUGCACGAUGUCGUGCGAGAUGUGUGCUUGUCAAUUGCAUCAAAAAACGAGCAUGAGUUUUUAGUGAGCAAUUCUGGAGUGGGAGAAAAGAAUUCUUACACGGCAAUUUCACUAAUAUCGCAAGAUUCCAAUCAUGAUCUACUUCCAUUUUGCAAGGAAUAUCCAAGGCUUAGGCUGUUGCGCUUG